GGAAGGAAAGGAGGGAAAACAUGUCAGAAGUAACAGCGUAAGGCUGAAAUAACCUCAGAUACUUCGAUCUCCUGAGAUACGAACAAUACAAACACACACAGGCAUCUGUUUUCACAGGCCACAGAGUGAAGAUGGGGGAAAGCUUUUACCUUCUUGUUCUUGCUUCACAUUUGUUUCUUCUCCCCCACUUCAGUCCAUUCUACCCAUUCUUCCCUUCACUCACUUCACUCUUAGUGAUCAUAUGAAAGUAUAAUGUUUGCUGUCUUUCUUUCAGAGCUGAUGGAGGAGAGUGAAGAACUGAGUGAAGUGGAGGAGGAACAUCAUGAUAAACCUGGAGAAAAACCUUUGAGUCGCUCAAAGACUAAAAAGUCAUUUUUAAAGAAAAGAAGAGCCAAGAAAUCUACAACCUGCACUCAGUGUGGAAAGAGUUUCACAUGCAAACAUAAUCUUGAGGUUCACAUGAGGAUCCACACCGGAGAGAAGCCUUUCACAUGUGAUCAAUGUGGAAACAGAUUCAAAGACAAAAAAUAUCUUGACAUUCACAUGAGGAUCCACACAGGAGAGACGCCAUUCAUGUGUGAUCAGUGUGGAAAGAGUUUCGCAUGCAAACGUAAUCUUGAGGUUCACAUGAGGAUCCACACCGGAGAGAAGCCUUUCACAUGUGAUCAAUGUGGAAACAGAUUCACAGACAAAAAAUAUCUUGACCUUCACAUGAGGAUCCACACAGGAGAGAAGCCAUUCAUGUGUGAUCAGUGUGAAAAAAGUUUCACAACCAAACCAAGUCUUGAGAUUCACGUGAGAGUUCAUACUGGAGAGAGACCGUUCACUUGUGAUCAGUGCGGGAAGAGUUUCACACAAAAAACUCACCUUAAAUUGCACAGAGGGAUCCACUCCGGAGAAAAGCCGUAUGCAUGUGAUCAGUGUGAAAAGAGUUUUGCACGAUCAUCAUAUCUUAAUGUUCACAUGAAGACCCACACUGGAGAGAAGCUGCAUAUAUGUGAUCAAUGUGACAAAACAUUUCUUACGGCAUCAUCCCUGAAGAAACACCUGAGAGUUCAUAUUAAGGAAAAGCCACAUUCUUGUUCUGAAUGUGGAAAGAGUUUUUCACGUCUAGAAAAUUUGAGAGAACAUCAGAAAAUUCACACUGGUGUGAGAGAGUACAUGUGCUUUGAGUGUGAGAAGAUGUUUACUACAAUAAACCAUUUAAAACUGCAUCAGAGAAUUCACACUGGAGAAAAACCUUACAAGUGUUCACACUGUGACAUGAGAUUCAGUCUGUCAUCAUCUCUGAAAACACAUGAGAGGAUUCACACUGGAGAAAAACCUUACAAGUGUUCACACUGUGACAAGAGAUUCAGUCAGUUGGCACAUCUGAAAACACAUGAGAGGAUACACACUGAAGAAAAACCUUACAUGUGUUCAUACUGUGACAAGAGAUUCAGUGUGUCAUCAUCUCUGAAAAGACAUGAGAGGAUCCACACUGGAGAAAAACCUUACAAGUGUUCACACUGUGACAAAAGAUUCAGUCUGUCAGAAAAUCUGAAAACACAUGAGAUGAUCCACACUGGAGAAAAACCUUACAAGUGUUCACACUGUGACAAAAGAUUCAGUCAGUUAGCACAUCUGAAAACACAUGAGAGGAUUCAUACUGGAGAAAAACCUUACAUGUGUUCAUACUGUGACAAGAGAUUCAGUGUGUCAUCAUCUCUGAAAACACAUGAGAGGAUCCACACUGGAGAGAAGCCGCACACGUGUGAUCAGUGUGGAAAGAGUUUCUCUAUUAAAACUCACCUGAAGAAACACAUGAAGAUCCAUGAAGUGGAGAAACGGAAUCUCCUCGAUCCAUGCGGGAAGAGGCCUGAUGGACAUGAACAAGAAAAGAAAAACAAGCCAAAAAAAAAAAAAAAAAAACGCAUAUGCAUGUAAAUAAAGGCUGGAUAUUCACAUGAGAGUUCACACUGGGAAGAAGCGGAUCAAUGAAAUCACAUCUGCCUUCUCGUUCUAAAGAAACACCAUUUAACUGUGAUCAGUGCGGUGAACAUUGAGCAUCAGUCCUGAAGAAACACCUGAAGAUUCACACAAAGGAGAAGAUUCAUUCGUAAUAUUACAGCAGAAACGACACGGUGCUAUAUGUUGAAACCUUGGAAACACAUGAUAAGGAUUCACACUGGAGAGAAACACAUCAGAGUGUAACGUCUGUACAAGAAUCAAUCUU